CCCCGGAUGCAAAGUUGUCCUCGUGGUGAAGAAGUCAAAACGAAGAAGAAGGCGACAUUUUGAAGUCGUUUUUUACAGUCAAACUUCACCAUGKCAGGCUUUAAUAGGUUUGGAGGUGGUGGUUUAGGAUCCCUUUAUACGGGAUUAAAUAGCUUGCAGCAACCAAGCGCUGCGAAUAGAAGAGACGACCGGUUCGACAACCGAAGGAAUUCAAGAGAUAACUUUGAUCGAAGGGAGCGAGACUUUGGCCGUCGAGAUCCGAGCCCACGAAGGCGGAGAUAUUCUCCCGAUUCURCUCACUUUGAUACUGUCACCUUAUCACAGCCACCAUAUUCUGGAGUCAGAGGAAACCGUCAGGACAAUCGUGGAGGUUUAGGCAGUUACUCUAUGGAUGAUCUAGGACGRGAUAACUUUACCCGAAACAGAGGUCAGAGCAGUAGCGAUAGAGACCUAAUCAGGGAUGGUCACAACAUGAGAUUACCUAAUAGGGGUGAUGGAAUUCUUGGAGCCAAACCUGGAGAUUUGCCACGUGAUCUUACUCCUAAUACAAGCUCAGGUCUUACAUCCCAGCUAGCACAACAGCAACAACAACUAAUGGCCAUGGUCCAAACACAGUCCCUCCUAGCUGCCAUCCAAGCCCAAGCGUCUGCAGCAGCCAAACGUGGUGGCCAAGGUCGUCAACCACAAUCCUUGAUGCAGGGGUCUAGAAUGCAUGAUAACAGGGGCCGUAUGGGUGACAGACAAAAUCGUAAGAGAAGAAUGUCGCCACCCAGGGGAGGUCAGAGAAAYAUGAACAUGAUUAACCACAGACAACGCCGCAGCCAACAGUUUCGCAGUUCGCAAGGAAAUAGAUCAAACUACCAGCAAAGGAGGGAUUAUGACAGGGAUAGAAAAAAGAUUAGUGAAUCGAGUCAAAAGUCAGAAGAUAAUGAACCUGUGGAGGAACCAUAUGUGGAAGAAACGCUAGAUGAUGAAGAAGAGGAAGAGAAAGAAGAAACUAAGGAAGAAAAAACAACUAGUGAGAGUAAAGAAGCUACAAAGUCUGAAGCUGAUGCUAGUGAGAAGUCAUCCAAAUCUGAGGAACCAAAACCAGAAAACCAGACCAAAGAUUCAGAAUUCAAAUCUGAGACCAAUCUUGCUGGACAAAAUGUCAACAACCUUGUCAAGUCUCUGUAUGAUACCUCCCGACGAAAGUAUGUUUGUAAAGUAUGCAAGAUUAUGUGUACUAAAGAUUCGUGCUUCAGACAGCAUUUGUAUGGCAAACGUCAUGUCAAGACAUGGUUGGAAAGCCGUGGCCAAUCAUUUGAAGCAGAAAUGUUUAAACGAGCUUCUGAGGAAGCAACCAAGAGUUUAGUAGCAAAGGAACAAACCAAAAAACCAAAAGAACAAGAACAAGAAAAACUUGAACAAUCCCCUGAGGAAAAGCAGGAAUCAAAUGAACAAGAACAARAGGAAUCUGUCGAAGUCAAGAAAGAUAAAGAAUCAAGUAUUCCUGCCAGCUCAUCUGAAGAAGAAACGACUACCAAGAUCAAAGAAGAGCCUAAUGAGGUCAAGAAAGAAAAGAGUCCUCUUCCAGAAUCCAAAACACCUUCAGAAACAACCAAAGAAGAUCAGAAAACUUCAGUCAAAGUGAAGGAAGAAAAAAUACCAGUCAAAGAAGAGAAGUUUGAGGCAAAAUAUUCAUGUGAUACUAGAAAAGUUGCCAUCAAAGAAGAGGAAUUCAUAACUAUUUCAUCAAUCACUGAGGCACGUGUCAGGCUGAAGGGCUUUGACAAAGGGGUUAAUACCAAAGGCUGUGAAUUUGUGAAAGCUGUGUCAGGAUUCAACUGCCGUCUUUGCAAAUUAUUUAUCAUAAAUGGAGGUGAUGUUAUGAAGCAUGUUGAUGGGAAGAAACAUCAAGCCAAGUAUAGGCGAUACAUCAGUGAGCAUCCCAAGUAYGAGUCAAAUCAAGUGGUUAGGAACAAAGAGCUGUCAGAGAUGUUAAGUGAAAGGGAAGGAGAGGAAGUCUUGCUGUAUGAGGUGACAGAAACAGAAGAACCAAAACGACCUUACCGAUAUAGCUCAGGGGAAGCCUUGAAUGUGGAAGUGACAAAGUACCUAGCUGUAGAAGACGACCAUGACGACAGACCUUUAGACGAGCAAGAUGAGUCAAAUGAUGACUUACUUAGAGAAGACAUGGAGGUGUCUGCUUCAAGUGAGAAGAAGGAAGAGAUCGAAGAUGAUAUACUUAAUGACAAGGAUGAAGACGAAAGGGAUGUAGAGCCUGAAGAACUUGAUGAAAACCUCUUGUUGGGGGAAGAGGAUUCCCUGGACCAAAGUACCUUGGAAGAGAAAUAUGAUCCAGACCUUGGAAAGACAGUGGAUGAGCCAAUGGCAGAACAGAUUGAAACUAAGGACACAGAAACUAAAGAGGUCUCAAACACUUCGGUUGACUCAUUGAAUGAAUCCCAAGAAGAUGAAGAUGAAGAACCAGUAGUAAAGAAAACCAAGCUUAUCAGCCUUGCAGCACGACGUGGCAGGAGAGCUGCAAGGGGAGGGGCUCAGCAACGUGGCAGAGGACGAGGAAGAGGAGGCAAACGAACGACUCGACAGAAAGUCACGCCCAAACCAGAAGUUGUAUUCUCAGAGGAGCAACAUGAUGAUUUUAUGGACGGGUAUGAAGUCAUCGACGAGGUUGCUGAUGAUGAAUAGACUUGUAAAACAAAAAGGCUCUAAAACUUUGCCAAAGCAAUGUUCCUUUGUCAUUGACGAGGUACCCUAUGAUGGGUAGGCUUAUAGAACAGAUAGGUUCAAAAACCUUAGCAUUGUUCCUUCGUUUUUAUUUCCACGUUAAAAAGAUACCUUGAUCGUUCACCCUGCAUUGAAUGUAUUUUUUUGGAUAAGAGUUAUUACUGCUCGCAGAUCCAAGUCAUUGCAGCAACAUCUAAAGAACACUAAACCAGUUUCUUAUGCCUUGGAAUUGUUACUUUAGUUUUAGUUAAAACACAGCGUUGUUAAUGUGUUUCUGCUGUACCUACUGUAUUACUAAAUGUCGCAAGAAAGCAGAUCCUUUUACUAUCAAAUGUGAAAUCUGCGAGUCUUAAUUCACAUGUAGCUCCAGGUUAUAUUUAUUUGAAAGUUCUCUUUAAUGCGAACAAAUGUAACAUAAAUAACGCGCAUGUAUGUAGUGGCUAGUCGUGUAUGAUCAUCGUACUAGAAUACAAACACUAAGUGUGUGUCAUAAGUACCACUAAAUACUGCUAAAUUAUGCUAAUCCUAUUGUUUUCUAUUGUUUAAUUAGCACUAUUUACUACUAAAUAGUGCAAAGUGUUGCACACUUUGUGUUGGUACUCUAUUUUCGACUGUUAUAUCAAAACAUUUUUAGAUAAUUUUACACUAGCAUUAUGUUWUUCUCACAAACAGUCUUUUCUCCUCUUCCCUCGAGCUCCUAUUGCCUCUAUUUUCCUCCUCUAGCUACAUCCCUGUAGUGCAUGCCCUGACUUACAACUAGAACCUUGAUAUCCAUAUAUUUAUCCUAAAACAAAUAUUAAAAGAACUUUUGAUUUCAAUUUGUUUUUGAAGGAUGUAAUGCUAAAUGCGAAAACAGAAUGGGAGUAAAAAUAGAAUACAUCGGCUUUUAAAAUACUUGAUUUUUGAGUAUCCCUUAACCUGAACUGGGGUUAUCAUCAAAUAAAUGAUAUCAUUGGAUGCAAGAGAAUAUAAGGGAAAUCUCUUAGAAGCCUCAAACUUUUCUUUUUCAUCAUCGAAAAAAUAUAUAUUUUGGUCAACGUAGAACAAAUAAAUAAAUAUAAUAGUCUAAACAAAUGAAUGGACAAAUAUUUCUUAGUAGUUGAAAAUGAUCUUCAAAGGUCCUUUCAUUGGAUGUGAACUAAGUAUGAGACCAUAAGGGUGAGACUUUUUCACAUAGAUUGAAGGGACCCUUCUUUUCCGAACGGAAAACUGAUAUAUUUUGGACAACUCGACUGACAAAAGAUUCAAAUCUAUAAAUAAAAGAGAUCAAACGAAAGUUACUGGACGAAUAUCGUUCAACAUUUGAUUAGGAAAUUCAAAGGUCCUUUCACUGGAUGUGAACUAAGUAUGAGCCAAUGAGGGAGUGAGUUUUUCAUAUCGGCAUUAAAAGGACUUUUAUCAA